ACACUUAUUACCCCCAUACACACUCCUACACUUAUUACCCCAUACACACUCCUACACUUAUUACCCCAUACACACUCCUACACUUAUUACCCCAUACACACUCAUGCUGUUAUUGUUAGUUCGGGCGUGAUGACGUUGGCGGGCGUCGCGCAUGCGUUUUUAAGCAUGAACCCGGAAGUGGUACACACAGUCAGUCCAGUGUGUGUCAGGGAGAGAAAACGUGCGUGUGUGUGUAUGUGUGUGAGCUGAACUCGGACCGGCUGUGUGUUGGACAGCUCUGAGAUCUGAGUGUUUUAGAAGGUGAUCAGCUAUGAGUGAUCUUUUCAGCUUGGAGGAAUGCGAUGUGAUCGGCUUCGAUCUGGAUCACACACUCUGCCGUUACCAUCUGAAGGAGACCUGCAUGCUAAUAUAUGAGAGUUUUGCUCGAUAUCUUGUGGAGCAUAAAGGCUACGAUAAAGAUCUGCUGCAUGUGACUCCAGACACCUGGGAUUUCUGUUUUAAAGGUCUGGUGGUGGAUCUCGAGGUGGGAAACUUGAUUAAACUGGCUGAGGAUGGAUCAGUGCUGAGGGCGACUCAUGGAACACGGAAUCUGAGCACGGAGGAGAUUGUGAAGCACUACGGCCCGAAAAGAGAAUGGAAACAUUUCAACAACCUCAACACUACAUUCACACGAUCUGCUAAAUAUUAUUUUUAUGAUAACUACUUUGACCUCCCGGGGGCGCUGCUGUGUGCUCGGGUGGUGGACAUGCUGGACAAGAAAGGAAAGGAGGUCACACCAGACUUAUGGAAGGACCUGGUGGCCGCCAUCGAUCACAACUACAACACAUCGGCCUUUAGAGAGGACUCUGGCUGGUACUUCCCAAGCGUGAAGCGUGAUCCUGACCGAUAUCUACAGUCAUGUCCUAAAUCGGUUUGUCAGUGGUUGAGGAACCUGAAAGACAGCGGGAAAGUUCUGCUGCUCAUCACUAGCUCACACUCUGACUAUUGCAAACUGGUGUGUGAACACAUUCUGGGGAAAGAAUUUGAGGAUCUUUUUGAUGUGAUCAUAACUAAUGCUCUGAAGCCAGGCUUUUUCUCUCUACUACCACAACAGAGACCCUUCAGGACCCUUGUGAGUGAUGUGGAGAGUGAGGUGGAACUGUCCUGUUUGGAAAAGUGUGGCUGGUUCUCUCAGGGAAACUGGCUCCACCUUAAUGACCUGCUGAAAUCCCUAACCAGCAAACAGCAACCCAAGGUGGUAUAUUUUGGGGACAGUAUGCGCUCUGACAUGUUUCCAGCCUUCACCUAUGCAAACUGGGAGACUGUUAUGAUUCUGGAGGAGAUUGAGGGGGAGAGUGUGGCAGCAGAGAAACACCAGAGUUACGCCUCCAGCCACAGCUCCAUCCCCAAUCACAGCUCCGCCUUCAUUCAGGGUCCUGCAGAGAAGAAGGGAAAGUUUGAUAUGUGUAUGAAGGCCCCAUCUACAGUGUCUCAGCAGUGGGGUUCAUAUUUUGUGGAUGUACAGAGGGAUGAAGCUGGACAGGAACGGCCCACACUGACCUGGUGCUGCAGCUCCAUCCACAAAUACAGCACUGUGGUUAUACCCAGUCUGGAGAGGAUAGCAGCACUUCCUCUGAAUUUCCAGUUUAAGCGUUUCUCCACAGUUCCCUCCUGCACAAGGGGUUAUUACCCAUCACCCCCCAAUUCACUACUGGAGAGGGUGGAGUUUUAAGCUGUUUAAUGGUGUGUGUGUGUGUGGGUGUGUCUGUAUGUGUGUUCGUGCAUUGUUAAUGUUGAGUGUACCUGUAGAAUUGUUUCAUUCACGGUGGCAGUAAACCACCACACUGUAAACAUGUUUGUUAUCUCUGUGUGUGUGGGUGUAAUUUAUGUUGUUCUGUGAAAGUGUGUUUUCAUUACAUUAAAAAGGUGUUAUAUUGUCUAAAGUGUUAUAUUAGUGUUAGCAUAAUUUUUUUUUUCAUAAGCUCUGUGUGUGUGUGUGUGUGUGUGUGUGUGUGUGUGUGUGUGUGUGUGUGUGUGUGUGCCAUAUAGGAAUUGUUGUGAGUGUUGUGAUUGUCAGUGUCUGUUGAUUUGUUCAGUUUUCUACAGGUCAAUAAAGGUGUUCUCAAACA